UUUCGGCGCCAUUUUUUGUCUGGCAGAUUAGAGUGUGUGAAAAAUGAAUUGGAAAACUCUCCCAGCCCAACCUUUCAACGAUCGAGCCGUCAGAAUAAUGCAUACUAUGAUGGUGAAAGCAACCCUUGACUUGCCACCAUGCUUCUAUGGGGACCAUCGUGAUGCGCUUAAUAUGAUGACAUAUCGCAGGAAUAUGAAACAAGAAUUGGAGGAAUAUUGUUCGUGCGACUGGAUGAGGUAUCGCCUAAAUGAAAGUUUGGCAAAUAAGAACAAAAUGAUGCCUUUGCUGAUAGACAUCCUGCAGUCUUGCAUUGAAUUCACCCAUCUCAACCUAAUGAUGCGGCAAGUCUCCCUUAGCGAUAUGGCCAGCCUUGAAUCAAACAUGAAGACAUUCCGCAGGCACAUUAUGAUGACUCCUUUGUAUAAGGAGGAGCUGCAGAAGCAGCUGCAGCAGCAGCAGCGCAAAAUAAAUGUGUGCAUCUUCACGGGGCUGGCCAUUGCAGUGAUGGUUGGACUCUUGGCAUAUAUAUUCAUGUCAUUCAAAUAAUGCAUUUCCCUUUAUUUGUAAUCAAAUGCCCCCAAAGAGGAAACCCCAACAAAUAGUUACCGAAGAAAAGUUACCCUAAACGAACAUACAUAUAUGAGAAGAAAUGAAACAGCAAGCUUACAAAACGUACCUGGAAUGAAAUCCACUGAAAAGAGUUGACGGUUAAUGAUCAAAUAAAUGCGACCUCAAGUUUCCUUGUAUGAAUUUAGGCUUGUGUGUUAAUUGACGAGUGCGUUCAUUUUAGAAGAAGAAUUGUAUACGUUCCAAUAAAGA